GCGCCGGGAUUGGUGAGUGGGCGUGGCCUGUCGUCCUGACAACCGUGAGCGUUCGGGCGCCGCAGUUCCGACUUUUCCCUUCGCCAAGUCCUCCUCCUCCUUCUCUCAUGGGUCCCAAACCAAAAAAGUCUGCCGGCAAGAAAAAGAUCACCAAAGCUGAGCGACUGCGGCUCCUGCAGGAGGAGGAAGAGAGACGCCAGAAGGAGGAAGAGGAGGCUCGACUGAGAUUUGAAAAAGAAGAACAGGAAAGGCUAGAGAUACAGAGGAAAGAGAAGGAGAAAUGGCGUCUGCUGGAAAAGAAAGACCUAGAGAGGAGAAACGAAGAACUUGAAGAACUGAACUUGCUAGAAGGCUGUUUUCCUGAAGCAGAGAAACUGAAACGGGAAACCAGAGCGCUGGCUCAGUGGAAGCACUACAUCCAGUGUGACGGGAGCCCCGACCCUUCGAUUGCUCCGGAAAUGAACACUUUCCUUAGCCUGUGGGAAGAGGAGAAGAAUGAGACCUUCGAGCAAGUGAUUGAGAAGAGUAAACUGGUGCUGUCUUUGAUUGAGAAGCUGAAGCUCAUUUUACUGGAAACUCCGCUGUGUGACCUGGAACACAGGACAGUUGUGCAGCAUCAAGGGUCAAUUCUGCGCCUGCAGGACCUCCUCAGCCUGAAGGUGGACGUGGCCACAGAACUGCUUCUGCGGCAAGCUAGUACCUUAGCAGAUCUGGACAGUGGGAACAUGGAAAAAAUCAUCCAAGAUGAGAAUGUUACCCUGUAUGUGUGGGCAAACCUAAAGAAGAAUCCCAGGUAUCGAAGUGUGAAAUUCUCUGGAACACAAAUUGGAUUUGAAAUCCCAAGGAUACUGGCUACAAGUGACGUCGCCCUUCGGCUUCUACACACACGCUAUGACCAUGUGACCCCCCUGUAUCCCACCACUGUCACUGAAGAGGAACAGGUCCCCACAGCAGUGGAGCAUUUGAAAAAGGAAGAGCCUGUAGAAAAGGCCCCCACCAAUGAAGAAAAGGUCCUCACUGCAGAAAAAGCCAUCAUCCAAGAAGAUGAGCUGGAGCCCAGUCAGGAAAGAGAAUUUAGCUUGGUCCAAGAAGAGGAGAUCAACUUGGUGGCACUAGAGGAAGUGGAAGUACAAAGGACUUCUGACCAUGAGGAUGAAAACUUGGAAACCACCAGAUACGAACUGGAGAUGCAGUUGCUAAGUGAGGCUGUCUCAGCAGCACAGCUGCACCUGGUAGAGAACAUCGUGGAGAUGCCGGACACCAAGGAAGACUACGAGGUGGACUUGUGUCACUUCUCCACCCUGGGCGGAGUGUACCACCUGGACAUCCUAGAGCUGCCCCCUCAGUACAAACCAGUGAAGGGCUGGGUACUCGUAGAGAUACGCCAAGAAGGAUUACAGAGGUUUACAUACCCUCCAGAAACCACAGACGAGCCCGACCCAGAAAACGCCUUUCCACCCAUAGAGGUCACCCUGGAGGUCCACGAGAACGUGAUCUUCUUCGAGGACCCCAAGGUCAUAAGGUGGGAUGCAGAAGGUAAACUCUGGAGAACAGACGGCAUCAGCAGCAUCUUUUACGAUCGAGAAGACAGGCUCAUAACCUUCAGUUUGGAUACUCUGGGCCCUGUGGCCUUGAUUCAAGAUGCCCAUGUCAAUAUGCCCUACCAGUCCUGGGAACUGCGACCCCUCGAUGUAAACAGAGUUGUCCUGACUGUGACUACACUGUUCACCGAGCUCCAGAUACACAUCAAGGAGAACCUCUGCCUGUUAGGCUCGGUCAGACUGCAGGGCCAAGAGCACCAGUCUCAUUUGGAGGGGAGAUGGAUGACCCCGGUGCCCUUCAUCCUGGCUCUGAAGGAGGCGGGCCUGAACAUCUUCCCGUCGGUGUACUCUCACUUCUAUGUCGUCAUCAACAACAAGGUGCCCCUGGUGGAAGUCAAGGCCUGCCGGCAAAUGGCUCUGCUAAGCCCCGCCUUCGCCUUCUGCUGGAGCAAGUGGAACAUGGCCUGCAAUUCCACGAGAGUUGUGUUUGGGGUGAAGGAGGGCCUGGCGGAAGACGCAGAGGGCCAUCCCUGGUCCCUCCUCAUGUUCAGUGGUGACAGAGCGCAGAUGCUCAGGGUCAGGGAAAACAGUGAGGUGUUCUCUGAGGCCCUCAAGGAGGACACGGAGUUCCACUCCACCCUGUACCACAUGGUGAAGGACUUCGCGUCCCCAGGGGCGAUGGAGAGGGUCAGGCGCGCAGACUGCCGCUUCAUCGACUCCGUGUGCCACAUGCUGCUCGCCACCCGGGUCCUCAGCUACUCCUAGUCUCCACAGCCUGUGUGAGCGCUGGCGGGACCCCAGACCCCGGGGGAAUCGGGCACCUCUCCAGGUGGCUGAUGUCACAAAUGAACUACUCGAGUGACCCGAGAACACUCUAUUCAAGCUUCACUGCGCGAAGAUUUGAAUGGUUCUUUAUUGUGACACAUUUCAAUAAAGUAUGAUGUCUGUCUCA